UGCGCGCAUGUGCUCGCUCGCCGCCCAGCCACCGGCUCUCCCCCUUCCCGAGCGCUUUUCUGGCGAGCCUCGUUUCCAAAGUGACGGGAAAGCCGCCGCGCGAGCCGCUGCCGCCUUUGCCUGCCCCGCGGAGGAGCCCCAGCCAUGCCCGCCGCGGCCCACCCCUGGGAGCUCCGGGCGGCGCUGCUCUGCGCCCUGCUGUGCGCGCUCGGCUUGGUCCUGAGCCAGGCAGGGGAAUGCAAAGAUCUGGAGUCAUGUAACCAGUGCACUGAAGGUUCUCCUUCCCAGAAUAUUACAAACUGCAUUUGGAAAUACUGUCAGGAGUCUCAUGAGAAGCCAGGUACGGGGAGCUGUGUGAAGAAUGGAGAAGCAUUGAAGGAGAAGUGUUCAUUUUUCAACACUACUGUCAGCUGUGAAGAACUAAAACUAACUACCACGGAGCAUCCACACCCAACCACAAAGAAGCCUCCACAACCAUCUUCUAAGGAGCCAAAGUUUCCCACGCUUGGUACGACCACCAGCCCACCACCAACUCCCCCACCCGAGUUCCACCCGCCUGGUUUCGACUCUGCCAGCUUCAUUGGAGGGAUCGUCCUGGUGCUCAGCGUCCAAGCGGUCGCCUUCUUCGUUGUGAAGUUCCUCCGAACAAAGGACAACACCUAUCAGACGCUGAUCUAAAGGCUGAUCCCCAGGGAGCUUCUCGACGUAUGUCUUUUGGCUGGAAGAGCACAUGAAGAAGAGGCCAGUCUGGCCCUGUUGGAAGCCAGGACGUUCUCUUUCCAUCUGAUGGAAUUGCUGAAAGAGACAAUCCAAAAAGCUGCACCUAAGCAACCUGUUGCCAAGCCAACGGUGCUUGGCUUGGAUAUAUGACUCCUUUAGACUUGUUGCAGAAGUGGUAUAUAAAUGCAUAUCCACAAGACCCAACUUUGAGCUGCAGGAAACUUUACCUGCUUGACUGUGGAUGUACAGUAUGUAACUGAGAUUAAGCAUCUCUUCAGCCAACUGGAAUUUUUCUUUAUAGUCUCUCUUUAUGUUAAU